AUGUGGAAGACAAUACGCGGAUACCGCCCAGAUGUGAUGUUCAUUAACAGGAAUGGAAUGAUGAAUUGGCGGAAACUGGCUCAGGAACAUUCAGGAGACGAAUAUAAAUUAACACCGGAAGGCUAUGAACAGGUCAAUUCCAUUGGACUAUUCAUGGGAGCAGAAAUCAAUCAAACAAUGGAAGAGAAAAUCGAUUCGACUUUACGAAAAAGAAAAGACAUGAUAAGCCAACUUCGUGAUGUCACAACAUUUGGUUGCUACUGCGAGUACUUCUCUAAUGUAAAUGCCGACAUGAUGAUUUACUGCUUCUUCAAAUAA